AUGCAGUUUCGCCUCUUCUCCUUUGCUUUGAUCGUCCUCAACUGUAUGGAUUACAGUCACUGUCAAGGCGGUCGGUUGAGACGCGGCAAGAGAGGACAAAGUCGUUCACCCGAAGCAAACUAUGGGCCAAAUCCAAUUUGCAAGGGUUGUUUGUCUUGCUCAAAAGACAAUGGAUGCAUCAGAUGUCAACAUAAGUUGUUCUUCUUUCUACGAAGAGAGGGAAUGAGACAAUAUGGGGAAUGCUUGAAUUCCUGCCCAUUGGGAUAUUAUGGUCUUCGAGCCCCAGACAUGAACAGAUGUUCAAGAUGCAGAAUAGAGAACUGUGAUUCUUGUUUUAGUCGAGAUUUUUGCACUAAAUGCAAACCUGGCUUUUAUCUCUACCGAGGCCGUUGCUUUGGAGAAUGUCCCGAUGGUUUUGUCCAUUUAGAUGAAGCUAUGGAAUGUGUGGAAGGUUGUCAAGUGGGCCCCUGGAGUGAGUGGGCAGUUUGCAGCACAAAUAACAAGACCUGUGGAUUUAAGUGGGGCUUGGAAACGAGAACGAGGCAAAUUGUAAAAAAGCCGGCGAAAGACACGAUACCAUGUCCCACCAUUGCAGAGUCCAGAAGAUGCAAAAUGGCCUUGAGACACUGCCCAGGAGGAAAGAGGACACCAAAGAAAAAGGAUAAGAAGAAGAAGAAGAAAAAGAAUUUAAUGGAACGAGCUCAGAAGCAGCACAGUUUCUUCCUAGCUACAGACCAAGCUAGUCAGUAG